GGUUUUUAAUAAGUUUUGGAGCAGUUGAAGGCACUGAUCAUUAGCUGAUUAAUUAAUAUAUCCUAUAGGCAGAUGACGUCUUAAUUCAAAUAUCAUAUUAAUUUGCCAAUGUGGUUUUCGUCAUUACAUGUUUGAAGAUAACAGUAAAGUUCGAAGAAAAUAAAACAUUCAAGAUAAUAUACAAACUAAUUUAUUGUUCAUAACAUAAACUUUUUGUAUUAAUUAUUAAUCAGUAAUAAUCAGUAAUUUUAUGGCUUAUAAGUACUUCUUAAAAUUUUAGCGGUAACUCAGGUUUAUUUCUUCUCCAGUGGCAACGAAGUCACUUUUAUCGAUAUACAUUGUUUGAUAAACAGCUGUAAUUUAGUUUUUGAGAAUACAUAUUAUUGAAAUAUACAUUUUGUAAAAAGAGAAUUAAUUAGGGUGAAGGGAAUUUAAAAAGUAACAAAUUAAAAAUAUAGGCAUGGCAGAUAUAGAGGAUAAUUCCAUCACUGAGAAAGACAAUUCAAAGAUCUGUAUACUACUUAAUGCUACAGGGAAUGUUCCGAUAAUCAAAAAACGCAAGUGGACAGUAGAUCCUAAUAAAACUGUAAGUUGGAUACAGAAGUUUAUACACCAAUAUUUAAAACUAGAUGCAAAUGAACAGAUCUUUCUUUAUGUGAAUCAGACAUUUGCUCCUGCACCGGACCAAAUUAUAAAAAAUCUCUAUGAAUGCCAUGGAACUAAUGGGAAACUUGUUCUUUAUUAUUGCAAGAACCAGGCUUGGGGUUGAAAAAUCAAUACAAUAUAGAUGGACUAUCGUAGUCUGUGUUAUGUACAUAUUAUAAUUACAAUGAGUGUAUCUAUAUCUAGUAAUAUAUGUAAUGUAUAAUUAAUUUUUAUAUGAAUAAAAAAAUUCGUUUAAGAGCCACAAA